AGUCCCAGCCAGCCAGCCAGCCGCGCGGCAGACAGACGCAUCAAAACACACGGCACGGCAGCGCGCCGCAUCCUUCCAGGCUCCAGUCCCCUUCUCGGCUUCUCUUCCCUCCCCGGCAAUUAAUGCCGCCAACAACCAGAUCCAGCCCCCCGGAAACCUAACCAAACAAAUACCCUCUUCCCAUUCCGCCCCUCCCCCGCGCAUCAUGCCAUUCCGUCCCACGAUCACAUCCCCGCCGCCGCCGCCGCCGACGACGAGGGGGAGAGAGCCAUGUCCAUCCUCGACCCGCUCGCCUCGCUCGGGCUCGGGUACGCCAUCGCCAUCGCGUUCGGCUUCCUCGUGCUGCUCGCGUCGGUGCUGCUCGUCUCCUACUUCUGCCUCCGCCGCGGGGCCGGCGAGGGGCUGGGGGGCGACGGCGGAGGCGGCGGAGGCUCCGCGCGGCACGCCGCCUCCUCCGCCUCCAGCUCGGGGCACAUCUCCAUCACCGUGCCCCGCGUCGUCUUCGUGGCGGAGGACUACGACUCCCCGGGGUCCUCCUCCCGCGGCGCCGCUGCCGCUGCCUCGCCCGUCGGGCUCGACCCCGCCGUCAUCGCGUCGUACCCGAGGGUGCCCUUCUCCAGGGCCGCGGCGGGGGCGGACGCUGAGGCCGCGUGCUCGAUCUGCCUCAGCGAGUACAGGGAGGGGGAGAUGCUGCGGGUGAUGCCCGAGUGCAGGCACAGGUUCCACCUAGCGUGCCUCGACGCGUGGCUGCGGCGGAGCGCGUCGUGUCCCGUGUGCCGGUCCUCGCCCAUCCCCACCCCCGUCGCCACCCCGCUCUCUACCCCACUCUCGGAGCUCGUCCCGUUAUCGCAGUACGCUGCCGAUCGUCGCCGGAGCAGGUUUGGGUGAUCCAUCGGUGAUGCUUAGCGUUUUUAAUCUGUCGGGUUAGAACUGCCGUAGCUUAGAGAAAGUUUUGCUUGGAAGCAGCACAUUGUUGACCUAAGGCCGGCAAUCAGUGUACAUUCAUUCUUCUUCCAUUCUAAUAUAGCUUCUAUCAUGUGAGGUUACCCGUGACCUAUAGUUGUAUGUGCAAGAUCAAUCUCCGAAUCAUCUUGUUCCAUUUAUAUGAAUUAUAUAUUGCAAUGUUCUUGUAUGUUGGCUACCCUUA